CGAUGUGUGGCUGGUAAUUGUUGAUUUGUUGUUAAUGCAUUUUUGGUAAACAAUAAUUAUAUAAUAAUAUCAAGUGCAUAUUUAUGAUUUUUAAAUAGAUGCAGUGAGUCACCAUGUACAAACUUGGCAUCACAAUUUGGACUAUAAUCGUGAUUUUGCAACUAAGUUCGGUGGGUCUUGGAUUAAAUGAAUUACCUCCAUAUUUUCCAAGAUGUAGAAGAAAUGAACCAAAUAUGGAGAAAUGUCUUAUUAAAGCUACGGAACAAGUUAGAUCGUUCGUAGCAGAAGGAAUUAAAGAUUUAAUACCAGCAACCAAAAGUAUUGUUAUCCCAUUUGUAACAUUGGAACAACGUGGGAAUAGAGCCUUAAAUUUUAAAGUUAAAAUAACAAAUUUGACGAUACUUGGCGUAGAUAACUAUAAGUUUAAGAGAUAUACAUUCGAUCCUAAAGAACUAACAUCUUACGCAGUUGUAGAUUUGCCACAUAUUUACCUCGAAGGAGAAUUUGAUUUGGUUGGAAAUUUAUUUUUUGCCAACGUUAAAGGAGCUGGUAACUUAUACGGAAACAUAACCGAUUCCCAAAUCAGUACCAACUUUACGAUGAGAAUUGUUAAAAGAAAGGGCAUUGAAUAUUUAGAAAAUACUAAAGUUGAAGCAAAGGUACACGUUGGCACUAUUGCCGGUUACAGUUUUGAUGGAGUAUUCAAGGAAAAUAAGGAUAUAGAUUUACUAACAAGUACAGUACUCAAAAAUAAUUUACGAUCCUUGAUUGACGAAACAGCUCCAGUAAUAGAACCAGCCCUUGCUACUUACUUGGAGAAAGGAAUGUUGAAACCCAUGGAAACGAUUCCCUAUAAUAAUAUAUUUCCAAAAUAAAAUGUAUAGAUUAUGAAAUAGAUGUAUAUAAAAUAG